ACCCACCCGCGCGCUCGCCAUCGCCCCUUUAAGAGCGGCGCCCGCCGGCGGAGGGGAGGCGGCGGGCGGGGGCGCGCGCGGCGGGAGGAGGGGGCGCGCGCUUCCCGGAACAGCCCGCGCAGAAGAGAGGAAGAAAAUAAACCCGCGGCUGAACCUGGAGCUGCCGCCGCCCCCGCCGCCGCCGUGUGGAGCUCCCCCGCGCGGAUGAUGCCCGCGGUGCCGGCGCGGGGCUCGGGGCAGUGAGGCCCGGGGCGCAGGGUAGCUAUGGCUACGGCGAGCGCGGCCAGUAGCGCCGCCUGACAGGUGUGGGCCCCGGCGGCGGCAGCUUUGAGCAGCAUGUACGCCAAGGGGGGCAAGGGCUCGGCCGUGCCCUCCGACAGCCAGGCCCGCGAGAAGUUGGCGCUGUACGUGUAUGAGUACCUGCUGCACGUUGGUGCCCAGAAGUCAGCCCAGACCUUUCUGUCCGAGAUCCGAUGGGAGAAGAACAUCACGCUGGGGGAGCCCCCGGGCUUCCUGCAUUCCUGGUGGUGCGUGUUCUGGGACUUGUACUGUGCAGCACCUGACCGCAGAGAGGCAUGUGAGCACUCAAGUGAGGCCAAGGCCUUCCAGGACUACAGCGCUGCUGCAGCUGCCCCCAGCCCGGUGAUGGGGAGCAUGGCCCCCAACGAUGCAAUGGCAGCGGGCCCCAUGGCACCUGGCUUCUUCCAGGGCCCCCCGGGCUCCCAGCCGCCCCCCCACAGCCUCAACACCCCCAUGAUGGGGCCUCACAUUCAGCCCUUCAUGUCACCGCGGUUCCCAGGGGGCCCCCGGCCCACCCUGCGGAUGCCGAGUCAGCCUCCCGUGGGCCUUCCCGGUUCCCAGCCCCUCCUCCCUGGCGCCAUGGACCCCUCCCCGCGUGCUCAGGGGCAUCCAAGCAUGGGCCCAAUGCAAAGGGUGACUCCUCCACGGGGCAUGGCCAGCGUUGGGCCCCAGAGCUAUGGAGGUGGCAUGCGGCCCCCACUCAACUCCCUCGGCGGCCCAGGCCUGCCCACAAUGAACAUGGGCUCCGGAGUGCGUGGCCCUUGGGCCAGUCCCAGUGGCAACUCGAUCCCCUACUCCUCUUCCUCUCCCGGCAGCUACACGGGACCCCCAGGAGGAGGUGGGCCCCCUGGAACACCCAUCAUGCCCAGCCCUGGAGACUCCACCAACUCCAGCGAGAACAUGUACACCAUCAUGAACCCCAUUGGGCCGGGUGCCGGCAGGGCUAACUUCCCUCUCGGCCCCGGCUCAGAGGGCCCCAUGGCCGCAAUGAGUGCGCUGGAACCUCACCACGUGAACGGAUCCCUGGGCUCGGGCGACAUGGACGGGUUGCCGAAGAGCUCCCCGGGCGCCGUGGCCGGCCUGAGUACCGCCCCGGGCACCCCGCGGGACGACGGCGAGAUGGCGGCUGCCGGGACCUUCCUGCACCCGUUCCCGAGCGAAAGCGUAAGCGACUGCGUCGACUCCCCCCCCGCGGCGGCGUCGGGCCGGAGGGGCCUGGCGGGCAGGCCCCGGCGGGGCGGCCGGGGGGCCAGAGCAAGACCGUGACCGCGGCGGGCCAGUAUUCGCCCGGGAUGACCAUGAGCGUGUGACGGGGCAGCAGCCCCUUGCCCACUGCCGGCUUUGGCCUCUGCUCAGCGCCCCUGCCCAGGGCUAAGGGCCAGGGGCUCGGGUGGUCUGCAGGGGGAGGGUCUGAGUUUACACCUUGGGCAACUGGACUCCUGGUCAAGGCUUGGAGGCCCCACACGAAAGACUCUCAUUUUAUAAACGCAAGGACCUCAGAGAGGCUCUUUCCUGUAUGGGCCCUUCCCCCCAUUUCUAUUUUGUCCUGGGGGACUCCUAGGAGGGAACUUCCUUGCCCCUGGACAGCAGGGGGUGGACCCCAAUCAAUAAAUGUAAUUUGUUUUGGUUUUUGGUA